AUGACGACUCCGCCUGACGGGUCGAAGCGGCCAAGAGAUUUCGGGAACGGCGUGGGUGCUGCGGGGGCGAAGAAACCGCGGGUGACGGGCGGCGCGGGCCCUGCGCGUGCCGCGGAGAUGGAGCAGGCCGUGGUCAGUGAGAGCGACUCCCUGCUCGACUGCGACCGCGACGACGUGACGUCCGACGCUGCCAUCGAAGUGGAGAAGCUCGAGGUGGCGUGCGCGAACGCGUCAGGCGAAAGCGCCCCAACAACGCUCCAGAUCCUAGAGGAGCGUCUCCGCAACGUCGAGAAACUCGAGAGCCUCUACGCCGAUCAGUUCUGGCGGCUCGUUCGCGUCCUGCACUACCGGUGCGCGGGGGAUGACUCGCUCAGCAGAGGCAGCAAGGCCGCGCGCGACCUCCGCGCGGACUGGGAGGGCCGCGACCGCGGGUCCGACGCAGAGGACUCCACAAGGGACAUUCCCAGCGCGUCUGACGCAGAGAACCUCGUCCUCAGCGACGUCGCCGGCCGCCCCCCUGCCCGCGCCGACGUCCAAAGCGACAUCGCGUCCUGGUCCAGUGAGCGCCGCCGCGCCCUCGUCCUGGAGCACGCCGCCGCGGCCGCCACCGCCUGCGAGCUCGACGGCCCCGCGGCGCUCGGUGCGCUCUGCGGCGCCCGCGGCCGCUACCUGAUCCGCCGCGCCGCGGUGUCGGUCGGGCGGAGCACCAAGGCCAAGCCCGUCGACGUGGACCUGUCGGCGGAGCCCGGCGCGAAGCAGGUGUCGCGGGAGCACGCGCACGUCGCGCUGUGCGAGGGGGGCUCGUUCGCGAUCGAGAACCUCGGGCGGCACCCGCUGCGGGUGAAUGGGCGCGAGGUGGGGUCUGGGCGGGUGGCCGCGCUGCCGCAUCUGAGCCUCGUCGAGGUGGGCGACGUGCCGCUGCUGUUCGUGGCGAACGCGCACGCGCGCGCGCGGAUCGUGCGCCGCGCCGAGCAGGCGCGCCGGGAGGCGUACGCGGCGGUGUGCGCAGGCAAUGUCUUAUGA